GGAACGAGGAGACGGUGAAUAUGAUCCGGUCAGAGGGAGGGACAGCGCAUGCGUACCAGGUGGAUCUGUGCAACCGAGAGGAGAUCUACGAGACGGCAAAGCGAGUGGAGGAAGAAGUCGGGAAGGUCACGAUCCUGGUCAACAAUGCAGGGGUCAUGACGGGGAAGAGAUUCCUGGAUUGCUCCGAUGAUGCCAUUCGGCGCACCAUCAACGUCAACGCCAUCGCCCAUUUAUGGACCACGAAGGCAUUUUUGCCCGGGAUGUUGGAGCGGGGACAAGGUCAUGUGGUGACCAUCGCAAGUCUCGCUGGGUUCUGGGGCAUCAAUCGACUUGUUGACUAUUGUGUUUCCAAAUUUGCAGUCAUUGGCUUCGACGAAGCUCUCCGUAUUGAACUCAAGACGGAUGGCCAUGAAGGAAUAAAGACCACAGUCGUCUGCCCAUGUUUCAUGGACACGAGGAUGACUCAAGGCGUCAAAAGUCCCAUGCUCCCCAUCUUGAAGCCAGAGUACGCAGUCGACAAGAUCAUGUCUGGGGUGCUGGCCGAUCAGGAGAUGGUGUUCAUUCCAGGAUACGCUUCACUCUUUCUACUGUUGAAAGCGAUCUUACCUACCCAUGGGCUAUUCAAACUUCUUGAAAUAUUCGGGGCUGGUGACACCAUGAAGGAAUUCACUGGCAGAACCAAGAAGGAGCUGUGAUACCCAUUUAUCCUUCCCUUUCC